UAUGCGUGCCUGUAUUCACCACCAUAGAUUUGGGUGUGUGAGUCAUGGUGUGUGCGAGCUUGUGUAGUAACGGGCCUCUACGCUUACAUUAUUAAUGCUGGAAUGAGACCCAAGCUUAAGUUACACUAAGGCAAGUAGAGCUGACAAAUUAAGGUUCCUUAUACAGCACUGCAACAGAACUAAAGCCCUGACACACAUCUUCUCACUCACACAGAAAUACAGCUCUUGUCUGAGUCUCUCAUGAAGGCAUAUCGUAGUCGGCGACCGUGUUGAAAUUGUCUCCUAGUCUAUAACUUGCUGAGAAUCACAAGGAGUUUGCAUUAGUCUCUUGAUGAAAAACAAAAGAAUAGAAGAGGAGUGUGUGGGUGAGCGUAUGGUUAUAGAAACAUACAGAGGCACCUUAACAGAGGAUCUCAAUUUGAGAUUGUCUACCAGAGACGUCCUGCUUAUAGACCUCAUCUGGUGUUGUGGUGAAUGGAAUCAUGUGGACAGAGAUUUUUUCACCUGCGCUGAAGAAUUUGUCUAUCACAGUGCUGUAAAAGAACAAGGGACAUCACCCAAAGAGACGCCGUAGACUAGCAUGGUUUUAGCAGGAUAAAAUGCCAGCCAAAAAAGGUGACUCAAAAUCGGCCGCCAAGAAGGGAGGAAAACCAGAGCCAGAAAAAAACAAACCAAAGGAGGAAGAAAAUAAAGGGAAAGAUGACAAAAAGGGUGGAAAAGAUGACAAAAAAGCAGAUAAGAAAGGAGGAAAGGAUGAUAAGAAGAAAGGAAAAGAAGAACCGCCCAAGGGUAAAGGAAAAGAUGAUAAGAAGGGAAAGGAUAAAGGAAAGGGAAAGAAAGAGGUUAUUGAAUCCGAGGAGGGUUCAGAUGCUGAGUUGCUUGAAGAAGACUUAAGUGAGGAGGAGGACGAAGAGUCAGAUGGAGGCAAAAGAAAGCGCGGUGGUGGAAAAGAUCCUAAGGGUAAAGCCGCAAAAGGAAAGUCCAAAUCUAGACAGGCUUAUUCUGACGAGGAUGAGGAUAGCGAAAAGGAAGACGAGGAUGAAGAAGAUGAGGAUGAGGACAGCGAAGAGGAGGACAGGAAAGCCAAGAAAAAAUCAAAGGAUAAAUCCAAGUCUAACACUGAGGAUGAUCCAAAGAAGAAAAAGGCCAGAAAGAAGGAAGAGCCUCCACCUGAACCACCACCUGAAGAGAAAAAGAAAAGAGGUCUGAAAAACACUUCAAAACUUUUCAUGCGGUUCUCUGGAUUUAAGAGGAAGAAGAACUCAAAGAAGCGACUUAAGAACACCUCCAGACUGUUCCUUGGCCUUGGCAAAAGAAAGAGUCGUUUAGUUAGAAAGAAGAGGAGGAAAUCUCUUCUGAGAAAUGCCCCAAGGUUCAUGAUGCGUUUCAAAAACAGCAAGAAGAAAAAAAAAGAAAAAGAAAAAAAGAAUGCAGAUAAAGCAGGACCAAAGCCAACAUAUAUGCUUCUUAAAUUAGGUGGCAAUUCUAAACCAGCAGAGAAGAAAACAGGAUUUUUCAAAGGGCUUUUUGGGAAGAAGAAUGCAGAAGAAUCUGGUUUUAAAACCAGGGGGCAAAUGUUGGGUAAGAUUGCAGGGGCUACAAACUGGCUUACCAAGAGGUUUCUCUCUCUUAAAGGCCGUCAAAGUGCACAUAGAAGGGAUAAUGGCUGGGGUCGAUCAAACAACAAAAAGUAUGCCGGCAGUCGCCAAGCUAGCAUCCGAGCGGGGUAUCAAGGGUAUCACAAUCAUGGAUAUGAACAUGACACUGGAGGAUAUGAUUAUGAUAACCAGAGCAGAGGGGGUGCAUUCCACAGGCAGCCAAGCCAAAGACCCUCAAACCGAUAUGGCGAACAAUAUGCCUCCAUGCAUGGACAGUCUUCGUUUCCACAGCAAUACACUCAAUAUGAAGAACCAAAUAACUAUUAUGACAUAGCAUCUCAUGAUCAAGGCUAUUACGACAUGGAGGAUGGAUACUAUGACCCGCACAUGAUCAUGCAGGAUGGAGGUGAAUAUUAUGAUGAUGGUAUGGACUACAGUGACCCGUAUGCUGCUCAGGAGCAGAUGGGCAGUUACCCAGAGGACAUGGGCUACUACAGUCAACAGCAUCCUUUUGAUUCUUAUUUUGAUGAUGGCAUGGAGUACUAUGAUGACAGUCAGUAUCCAAUGGGAAACAGCUAUGAUUUAUAUGGAAAUGAAAUGGAUAUGUAUUCCCAGGCUCAGUUUGGAUAUUACGAAGACCUUCAGGGUGUCUAUGUUGACCCGUAUGGACGGCAAGAAAUGGAGAUAACAGGUGAUCAAUAUGUGGAUUUAUAUGGGGAUUAUGAGGAUCCUUAUUUUCAGGACUAUCAGGUAAAUUACAGUGAAACAGACGUUGAUCCAUAUUUGCAGUCUUCUUACAAUAUAUAUCAACCAUAUGGUUAUCCAAUGCAAGACAUAAUGGAAGGUGAAGAAGGAAUGUAUGGCGAUAAGUAUGCUGAUUUCUCUGUGGAGAAUAUGCCAUUUCACGGAGAAAUGGAGUUCAGAGUCCCAAGACCCCAGGUUAAACUUUUUGGUAAAGAAAGGAUUGAUGUUGAGCUUCCUCCAUUGCCUCCACAAUAUGAUUUUGAUGAAAUGUCUGACAUACAGUAUGAAAACCAUCCAUACCUUCCUGGAACCUACAUGGAUGAUGCUUUUGCACAAGCAGUUCCACCCCAAGAAAUGUUUCAUCCCACAAUGCCUCAAGUGCCCACACCAACAGCAAUGCUAAUUAAGCAAGCAAAUAAUCCCCAGGGAUUUGUAGGCCAAAAUAUGGCUCAUAUGGCUCAACCUGGUGGAUUUCCACCAUCCCCAACACCAAGCAGAAGGUCUGUAGCAGGGAUGGCUUCCCCUCUGCAUAGGCCUAUGGCUCCCAUGCUACCCAUGGCUCCCAUGUCACCCAUGGCUUACAAUACACCCAUGGCAAAUUUUGGAGAACCAGUAAUGGAAGUUAGACGUUCCCCUGUGCCUGUACGUAGACCAAGCCCUCAUUCCUCUCCUCAGCUCUCAAUGCGUCCUGCUGGUGCACUUCCUUUGAGAAGAACCCCAUCUCCACAGCCCUCUACAUUUUCAGCCACAGGCGUCAUUCAGAGAGCCUCCGCCUGCUUCUCCAACAGUCCCCAGACGGUUUCAACCUCAAGCGUCCUUUAG